AUGGAAUGUACGUACAGCAAUGAAGCUUCAUCUGCUCAACAAUACGUAGCCGCUGAAUCCAAUGGACAGCUCAACUUUAUCCAAGCGGGAUGGAUGAUAAAUAUGAACUUAUUUGGUGAUGCUCGUACAUGGACUUUCGCAUCUUGGAAGGGUGCCAAGGGGGCAGGCUGCUACAAUACACAAUGUAAAGGGUUUGUUCAAGUUGCAAAAGAUAAUCCCUUGAGCGAACCUAUGGAAAUUACUGACGAUUCAAUUAUUCGGUUUACCAUUCAUCAGGAUAAAACUAGCGGGAAUUGGUGGAUUACUCAAAUGUUCAAAGACUCUUCUGUGAGUGAUAUGGGCUACUGGCCAAAGGAACUGUUUAACCUAAUCGGCGACGGCGCUCAAAUGGUUGGAUUCUCCGGCAUGGUCAGCGCUCCUCCGAAUACCCCGAGCCCACCCAUGGGUAACGGCAAUCGACCAAAAUAUGACGAUCCUUAUCACUCGGGGUUUUUCAAUAACCUUCAAAUCAUGGGAAAUGAUUAUUCGUUGGAUAGAGCAGACAUGUUUCCAUUGAAAAGGUUGGUAGACAGCGACCAAUGUUACGGUCUAGAUUAUGCUGGACAUGAUAACCCUAAUGUCGGCGUCUACUCCAAGUAUGGAGGUCCCCGGAGGAAAUCCAUGCGGUGUCUAGGUCUACACUUGAUAAUACGUUUUCCAAAAUUCCCGUGAAUAAGAUAUCCAAAAUGUUUCUUGU